GAUCGUCCAGAUCUGAGUAACUUCAUGGAGAGUGGGGAGUGGGUGAUGAAGGACUACCGUGGCUGGAAGCACUGGGUUUACUACGCCUGCUGCCCUGACACCCCGUACCUGGAUAUCACCUACCACUUCCUCAUGCAGCGCCUGCCUCUCUACUUCAUUGUGAAUGUCAUCAUCCCCUGCCUGCUCUUCUCCUUUUUAACUGGGUUUGUUUUUUACCUACCCACAGAUUCAGGUGAGAAAAUGACUCUCAGCAUCUCUGUCCUGCUGUCUUUGACUGUGUUCCUUCUGGUCAUUGUGGAGCUGAUUCCCUCCACCUCCAGUGCAGUGCCUCUGAUAGGCAAAUACAUGUUGUUUACAAUGGUGUUUGUCAUCGCUUCAAUCAUCAUCACAGUCAUCGUCAUCAACACCCACCACCGCUCCCCAAGCACUCACACCAUGCCGCCCUGGGUCAGGAAGAUCUUUAUUGACACAAUCCCAAAAGUCAUGGUUUUCUCUACAAUGAAACGACCGUCCAGGGAUAAACAAGACAAAAAUAUUUUUGCAGAAGAUAUUGAUAUUUCUGAAAUUUCUGGGAAGCCAGGUUCUGUGCCUGCCAACUUCUACUCCCCACUUACCAAAAAUCCAGACGUGAAAAAUGCUAUAGAGGGAAUCAAAUACAUUGCGGAAACGAUGAAAUCAGACCAAGAAGCCAGUAAUGCUGCAGAAGAAUGGAAGUUUGUUGCGAUGGUGGUUGAUCAUCUUCUCCUUGGCAUAUUUAUGCUAGUUUGUAUUAUAGGAACAUUAGCUGUAUUUGCUGGUCGCCUUAUUGAAUUAAAUCAGCAAGGAUGAACAUCAACGGGAA